UAACAGUUUGCUGUGCUUUUGCUGCGGGUUUCCUAAGGGAUGAAAUGUUCAGUUUGAACGCGGCGCCCUUAGUUACCGCGCCGGCUCUAGCGGUGCUGAUGCGGCAGGGUUGUCUCCUCCAGUCUGGAAUGGGGUGGUCUGACGUCACCAGUGAGAGGUAGAGUGGGGCGGACGGUAAGAGAGAAGAAGAUGAAGGAAGGAGGCUAUGAGACGAAGGGAGUGCAAAUACUACAGCCAGAGAUAAUAAUACAAAUAACAAUAAAUACAAUAAGCUAAGAGCACAGAGCCAGACAGAGAGCAUGCUGUAAAGAGAGAGAGAAAGAGAGAAAGAGUGUGAGCCCCAGAAAGCGGUAGGGAGAAGGAGAAGGAAGGAGCCACGCCAUGAUGACAUCGUCACCCGGCGUAACCCCGGGCGAUGCCCUGCUGUUCCUUUCUCCCCCGCCACUCCCCGGCCAUGCCUUCCGACCCUGCUCCUCCACGCGGCACCUCAGCCACCGAGCCAACAACUUCCAGCGUCACCCGAAGCACAGGAAGCUGAUCCGGCCCUCGCCCCCGCCUCCCCCCAACACGCCCUGCCCCGUGGAGAGGCUGCCCCCGCGCAGGGCCCUGCCAGAGCUGCUCCUCAACGGCUGCAUCCUCUUCGGCAUCGAGUUCAGCUAUGCCAUGGAGACGGCGUACGUCACCCCCACGCUGCUGCAGAUGGGUCUGCCCGAGCAGCUCUACAGCCUGGUGUGGUUCAUCAGCCCCAUACUGGGGUUCCUGCUGCAGCCGUUUCUCGGUGCGUGGAGCGAUCGCUGUUCCUCUCGUUUUGGGAGGCGGCGCCCCUUCAUCCUGGUCCUCGCCAUCGGAGCGCUGAUUGGUCUCUCCCUGCUGCUGAAUGGGCGGGACAUGGGGGCGGCGCUGGCGGACACGCCAUCCAAUCACAAGUGGGGGAUCAUCUUGACGGUGUGCGGCGUGGUUCUGAUGGACUUCAGCGCCGACUCGGCAGACAACCCGAGCCACGCCUACAUGAUGGAUGUGUGCAGCCCGGAGGACCAGGACCGUGGACUCAACAUACACGCCCUGCUCGCAGGACUGGGCGGGGGUUUCGGCUACGUUGUCGGGGGGAUCAACUGGGACAGAACGGAGUUCGGGAGGUUGCUGGGGGGUCAGCUGAGGGUCGUCUACCUCUUCACUGCAGUCAUCCUCUCCGUCACCAUGGUGAUGACCCUCACCAGCAUUCCAGAGCAGCCCCUGGUCCAGGAGGGGGGGGAGCGCCCCAAAAACACGCUGAAGAGCCCCAGCCUGCCCCUGCCCCCCUCCCCAGCAGCUCCCUCCACAGAGGAAGAGGAGGGGGUGGACCUGCCCCUAGCCCCCCCUCCCCCCCACUCCGAGAGCCUCAGAGAUGCGGUCUACCCCCAAAUACACGCCAGCAGGGGCAGUAGAGGGGUCAGCCCCUCACCCCAGCAUCAGGCCAGUCCGAACUUCUUGAGCCUGGGCAGCUCCCUGACCGGCCUGAGCGACUUCUCCUCCUCCUCCCUCAGCGCUGCCCACAUCGACAGCGUUCUGAUCCACUGCUGCACCGGAGCGCAGGACAGCGGCUAUCUGGACACAACAGGGCCGGGCGGGGCCGGGGCGAGGCGGGGCUCCCUGGACGGGAUUCUGAAGAGACCCCAGAGCCUGGCUCUGACGGAGGAGAGCGGGCCGGCGGGGGGUGCAGAGAGCAGCCGUCGGAGGACUGUGACUUUCAGCCAGCAGGUAGCGAAUAUCCUCCUGGAUGGUGUGCACUAUGAGAGCGAUCUCAACAGCUGUGGAGACGCCAGCGACAGUCAGCUGUCAAUCAGGCUGCUCUGUCACUCCAUCUGCAACAUGCCCCGCCCCCUGCGCAGCCUCUGCACCAAUCACUUCCUGGGCUGGCUGUCCUUCGAGGCCAUGCUCCUGUUCUACACUGACUUCAUGGGGGAGGUGGUGUUCGGCGGGGACCCCAAGGCGCCCCGUGACUCCGAGGAGUACGAGCGCUACAACGCUGGCGUCAGCAUGGGCUGCUGGGGCAUGUGCAUCUACGCAUUCAGCGCAGCCUUGUACUCAGCUCUUCUGGAGAAGCUGGAGGAGAGGCUCUCUCUUCGGACACUCUAUUUCAUGGCGUACCUGGCAUUCGGGCUCGGCACGGGGCUGGCCACGCUGUCCACCAAUCUCUACUUGAUCCUGAGCCUCUGUGUCACCUACGGGGUGCUCUUCUCUUCGCUCUGCACCCUGCCCUACUCCCUGCUGUGCGAAUACUACCAGAGCCCCAAGUUCGUGGGCUCGGUGCAGUGUGGGACGCAGCGGGGGAUGGGCGUGGACAUCUCUCUGCUCAGCUGCCAGUACUUCCUGGCUCAGAUCCUGGUCUCCGUGGUGAUGGGGCCCCUGACCUCGCUGGUGGGCGGAGCUAAGGGUGUGAUGUACUUUGCCAGCCUCGCCUCCUUCGUGGGCUGUCUCUACUCCUCCCUGUGCCUCACAUAUGAGCUGCCAGCCGAGGACAGCAAGGACGGGGGGGGCGAGGACCAGCCGCUGCUCAUCGACAUCUAACCCCUCCCAUGAACGCCACUGCUGCUGCUCUUCCAACCCCCCCCCCCUCCGAGCCCCGCGGUGCACUCUGGGACUUGUAGUCCCGCCUCUCUGAAAAGGACCGGCAGAAGAAAGAACACACGAGAACACUGGGGUCCCAUCAUGAACCCACCAAGCGAGAACACUGGGGUCCCAUCAUGAGCACCGAGCAAGAAGACAUGUGAAAGCACUGGAGCAACUACAUGUGAGAGCUGUGCAGGGUCCAUGUAGAGGGCUCCUUAAUAUUGAGAGCUGUGCAGGGUCCAUGCAGAGGGCUCCUCAAUAUAGAGAGCUGUGCAGGGUCCAUGCAGAGGGCUCCUCAAUAUUGAGAGCUGUGCAGGGUCCAUGCAGAGGGCUCCUCAAUAUAGAGAGCUGUGCAGGGUCCAUGCAGAGGGCUCCUCAAUAUUGAGAGCUGUGCAGGGUCCAUGCAGAGGGCUCCUCAAUAUUGAGAGCUGUGCAGGGUCCAUGCAGAGGGCUCCUCAAUAUAGAGAGCUGUGCAGGGUCCAUGUAGAGGGCUCCUCAAUAUUGAGAGCUGUGCAGGGUCCAUGCAGAGGGCUCCUCAAUAUUGAGAGCUGUGCAGGGUCCAUGCAGAGGGCUCCUCAAUAUUGAGAGCUGUGCAGAGUCCAUGUUAUUAUUGAUUGCUGGGUUCAUGUUAUUAUUGAUUGCUGGGUUCAUGUUAUUAUU